AUGGCCAUCCCCUCCAACCCAAAGCUGGAAGGCUUCGACAUUAUCCAGACCCCCUUUAAGCACGUUGGAGACCAUGGCAUCCGAGCAGACAUCCUCAUCCCACAGAAACCACAUGCGGGGAAACGACCUACGCUCGUGCGCUAUCACGCAGGUGGACUGAUGAUGGGUGAUUCCCUCAACAUGGAUUUCUGGCCGCACUGGCUAUCAGACCUAGCCCUCAAGCACGGCGCGGUCAUCAUCAGCCCGAACUACCGGCUGAUGCCCGAAGCCACCAGCGCCGAGAUCUACAAAGACUUCGAGGACUUCUGGACGUGGCUGCUCUCUCCCGCGCUGGCAGAGCUGCUCGCCGCGCACACCACCCCGACAGAGCUCGACCUUGACCGCAUCCUCACGACCGGCGAGUCAGCCGGCGGCCUCAUCAGCGUGUGGACGGCGCUGGCGCACCCGACCGAGAUCCGCGCCGCACUGGCGGCAUACCCGUGGGUCGACACCGACACCACGGCAUUCGACGAGCCGAGCUCGACCGGGGGGUUCGGCCGCGACAUCCCGCUGUCGGUGUAUGAGGAUACCAUGGCUUCUGUGAAGCUCGGCACUCCCACCUCGUCUGAGGAGUCUGCGGCGCGCUUCGGGUUUAUGCUUGCUGCCAUUCAGCAUGGGAAGAUAUAUCCGCUCUUGCGGCGGGGGCUGGAGGAGUCGCCGUAUCGCGAUGUGUUGCAUCCCAUGCGGCGGCUGGAGGAGCCCGGUAUUCGCAUUCCUCGGGGCGGGAUUGCUGUUAUUCAUGGUCGCCAGGAUAGCAUUUUGCCCGCUGAGGGCGUGGAGAGAUUUGUCGCGCGUGCGCGCGAGGUUACUCAGGGCCAGCCUGGUUCCGAUAAGGUGAUUCUCACGCUUCGGGACGGGGACCAUGGCUUUGAUAUUCCGGUUCGGGUUGAGGAGCAGUGGAUGCAGGAUACGUUCAAGCGGGCGGUGGAGACUUGGUUGGAAUGA